GUAUGCACAUAACAGGCAAGGAACGGAAAGAAAAGGAAAGAAACGCUCGCUCGUCGGAUAAAAAUGGCGAUGAUUAAUUUCUAGCCUAAUCAGUACUCGCACACAGUACUAUAUAGGAGUAUAUUAAUAAUUCGGCAUAGGAGUGGAUUGCUUCUUCUCCGGUCCUCCUCCUGUCCAUCUCUGAUUUCUUCCUCUUGCAGUUACGGUGUCAGUUCCUUCCGCCGGUGGUUGGCCCGGAUCAACUCUCACACACUCCUCCUCCUUCCUCCUCUUGAGUCUUGACCUCCCGCCAACCAUCGCAACCCACCAUAAAAACUCCGCCACUCGAGCUACACAACACAGCACCGCAUUGCUCAUUGCUCAUUGCUGCCUGUGCCCGACCUCUAUCACCUCGUAGGAAGAGACUCGCGUCAUGGUGAGGAGAGGAGGGCUGCUGACUGGUGGGUACUAUGGCGGCGCGUCGUCGUGGAAGGCCGGGAGGGUGAUGAGGGCGGCCGUGGCGGCCUUCUUCAACGGCUACCACUGCUUCAGCCCCGUGGCGGCCAUGCUCGCGCUGCCCUUCUCCGCGGCCGUACUCGCGUCCCAGGCCGCCGCGUCCUCCUCCACGUCCUCGUCGGGGGCGGUGCUGCGCGGCGUGUCGUCGCGGCUCCGGGGGAUGUUCCACGCCGCGGGGUUCCCGCCGUCGCCCUUCUUCGCGCUGCUCAACGGCAAGCUGUCGCAGACCGUGUUCACGUACGCGGCCACGCUGCCCGUGGCGCUCACCGUCCUGCUGCUCGCCAAGGCCUGCGUCGCCGGCGUGCUCCGCGCGGACCCGGCGCACGAGCGGCGGCGGCGGGGGCGCAUGUCGCUCCCGCCCUGCGGCGCCGUGGCGCGCGCGUACCCGGCGCUCGUGGCCACGCACCUCGUCGGCUCCUUCGCCAUGCUCUCCGCCAACGCCGCCGCCUUCUCGCUGCUCUUCCUGGCCUUCGGCGCCGCCGACCUGCUGGGCUUCACCUCCCGCUCGUCCAAGCUCGCGCUCUCCGCCGCGGGCGCCAUCGUAUACUCCGUGGCCGUCGGCGUCGCCACCGUCGUCUGCAACCUCGCCGUCGUGGUGGCCGCCAUGGAGGAGCGCUGCGCCGGGCACGCCGCGGUGCUCAGGGCGUGCGUCCUCAUCAGGGGCCGCGUGCCCACGGCGCUGGCGCUGGCGCUGCCCACCAACCUGGGCAUGGCGGCGGCCGAGGCGCUGUUUCAGCUGCGGGUGGUGUCGCAGCGCCGGAAGGCCGGGAGGCUGGCGCCGGGGGUCGCCGGCGAGGCCUUCUCGAUCGCCUACAUCCACGCGCUCUGCGUGGUGCUGGAGAUCAUCAUCAGCUGCAUGUUCUACCGGAGCUGCAGGAGGAGCGAGGCCGAUGAGCUGAGAGAGCUGGAGCCCGAGGAGAAGGGCGACCUCCAGGCAUAGACAAACAAUAGCCGCGUAGCUUUGUGAUUCUGAGAAACUCUUGGGAGGGUCUCAUCAGACGGUCCAGAGAAACAUACUACAGUAGUAAACUGGGAUAGCUCUACUUUAUUUCCCUUUUUUCUGAAUAGUUUUAUUCGUUUGCUUCC